ACUGCGUGAAAGGCAAAGUUUCCCUACGUCUCGUCUUUAACAAAGCUAUUGCUCUUCGUUUUUUGAGUUUUUUUGGUUCCCGCCUCACAAGAUGGGCUCUGUAGAUCAAGCUGCACUUCUCCUUAAGAAACAGCUUCGAGAUCUCAAUAGAGAUCCCAGCGAAAUGUUCUCAGCUGGCUUAAUAUCCGACGAUGAUAUUUAUAAAUGGGAAGUGAUUAUAGUAGGACCUGCAGAUACUUUCUAUGAAGGAGGCCUAUUCAAGGCUCAUUUGGUCUUUCCUAAAGAGUAUCCACAACGGCCACCGAAGAUGAAAUUCGUAUCUGAGAUAUGGCACCCGAAUGUACAUCAAAAUGGUGAGGUUUGUAUCUCAAUUCUGCAUGAGCCAGGAGAGGAUAAAUAUGGCUAUGAACAUGCAAGUGAGCGUUGGCUGCCAGUUCAUUCAGUAGAAUCUAUCCUAAUGAGUGUGAUAUCCAUGCUGGCAGACCCCAAUGACAAAUCACCAGCUAAUGUUGAUGCAGCUAAAGACUGGAGGCAUAGUUACAAAACUGACUUUAAGAAGAAGGUCAAGCGCUGUGUCAGGUUAACAGAAGAUUGCUAAUGCUAGUCUGUAUAUAAGCUAUUCAUGUUUCUUGUUAACGGAUGUUACAACCAACUGCCUGGAAAUCACUCCCUGGGAUAGAUAACACAGGAACUUGAUUGCAAAAUUUUGACAAUGAAAAAAGAUGUAAUAUAAGGAUUAGAGUUAAGCUAUAACUAAUACACAAGCACUAGCACAAUAGAAGUAAUCAGGAACCGUAGGGAGGGAGGAAUAGCCUUCCCACUUUUUGCUAAUAUCCAUAACAUUUUUGAAUAUCAGCCCCCC